GGUGUCAUGGCGGCGCCGUCGGCCGCCCUGCUGACCCUGCUCGGUCUGACCGGUCUCCUGGAGCCGGUCUGGACGCGCUGUCCCGCCCAGUGCCAUUGCGAGACCUCCGGAUCCGACUGCAGUCACUCCCAGCUCAGUGCCGUGCCCAUCUUCCUCGACCCUCGCAUCCACCGGCUGCAGCUGCAGGGUAACGACAUCACCAGCAUCGCCGACGCGCUCAUGUUCUACCCGAGCCUGCGGUGGUUGGAUCUCUCCAACAACAGCUUGACCUCGCUGCUGGAGGGACAGUUUGUCAUGCAGAGGGACCUGCUCAGCCUGAGUGUGCAUGAUAACCGACUGGGAGCGCUCUUCAGUGAGACUUUCAGUGGACUGGGGAGAUUGCAGGAGCUGCUGCUGGACAACAAUCAGAUCAUCGCACUGGGCGAUGGCGUGUUUCAGUGGAUGGAGAAUCUACAGAGGUUAGACCUGUCCCGGAAUAGGAUUAAAAUAGUGACACGUGAGGCUUUCGAGGGGCUUAGUGCUCUGGAGUGGCUUGAUCUAAGUGAGAACAACAUUGGGCACGUGCCAUCGGACGCGUUUCGUCAGCUCAGUGCUCUGAGAACACUAAAGAUGAGAAACAACUGGCUUCGCGAAGUGCCUUUUCACGCGUUCUAUGUUCUUUCGUCACUACAGAACCUUUCUCUCGCGGAGAACCGUCUCCAUCGGCUCCAUCCAGAGGCCUUCUCCGGUCUCUCAAAUCUCCAGCUCCUGGACAUUAGUGGCAACCUGCUGGACAAGUUCCCGGCCACGUCACUGGCCCUGCCGGAGCUGGAGGAACUGGACGCCGGUGGUAACGGCUUCCCCUCCCUCCAGGCGCGGCACAUGAGCGGGAUGCGCCGCCUCAGGAGGCUCCGCGUGUGCGGCAACGCAGCGCUUUCAGUGGUGUCUCCUCAUGCCUUCAGUGACUCACAUCUGCUGGAGGAACUUCAUCUGUGCGACAAUCCUCAACUAACCUGGUUCCCCAGCAGUGCAGUGGAGGGUCUGCCUCGUCUCAGAGUGUUGAACCUUAGCGGCAACAGCCUGGGCAUGUUGGAGAACAUGACGUCCCUUCUGCAGAGAGUGGAAACGUUCAACGUGUCCGGGAACCCUCUGGUGUGUAACUGCUCCUCCCGCUGGCUAUGGGAGCUGCCCAAGAGGCUUCCGCACAUGCUAACGCUGCCUCCAGUGCUGUGUGUGGACUCAGGAAGGUCGCUAUUUUCCCUGAGUGAGUCUGAACUCGGCUGCAAUAGCUGGCUCACGCCGCUUCUAGUCUCACUGGCGGUAUUUGUGGUGGUGUUCUGCGCCAUAUUGGUCGCCCUACUACUCCUGCGUCGGAAGCGUCGUCACGAUCGGCAGCGCGCGUGUGUUCGCGAAGCGCAGGCUUAUGCGGACCAGUGGGGGGACAAGUGGCAGGUUAAGUGGGAGGACCUGGAGGCCGACGACGGUAUCAGUGGCAGUCACAUGUUCACCCACUCGGGGCCGGAGUACGGGUCGCUGAGGCGGCUAGAACACUUCACCUUCCGGAGUCCCGAGUACCAAAAGAAGAUACCGGUUACUGUGGUCUGAAUGGCUCGCGAAGAGUUCAGAGCUUUGGUGAUGGACGGGGGUGACGUAAAAUGUGUCUUUCACAACGAUAUUGCUGCAGAUGUUUGUUAGCUGAGUAGCGCGAAAACCGGCAAUGAUAUCCUAGUCCAAGAUUAGGACGUCAUUGGUGGCUUUGGCACGUGCUAAGCCGCCUUGUUGCAUUGAUAUGCAGUAUGUUGCGCUGUAGUGUGCGAUUGCUUUUUACUGAUAUCGCCGGGAGAGAGCUGCUUCUGUCGCUGAAGUCUGUGCACUUUGACAUAGGAACGUGAAUGUCAUGUCUUCGGUUUUCGCUUCUGCAAUUUUGAUAAUCAAACGUGUGAUUUAUAUUUAAACAGGAAAAUCAUUUUGAACAAUUCCCUUGGAGAAAAAUUGAGUCGUCAUACGCGCAAUAUGUGUUGAUUGUUGCCUAAUUUAAAUUGAUUUCGCAUGUUUUUUUCCAAGUCUCUCUUCCAGCUUAUGCAGAAGUAGAACCACGAAACCAGCAACAAUGAGCUGUGGUUGUGAAUGAAUCUGUUAGGAUGUGUGAUGACGUCACCGGUGACGUCAUAUGAUGACCUAUGACGUCACCGGUGCGGGACGGACGGGGAUUGGUCGCCUGCGGCUGUGCGGUGACCGGCCGAGAUGGUCUGGGCCAAAUACACCAGUUUGGAUCGAGCCAGCGUGUGUGGCGGACGUCACCUCACGU